AUGAUAGAGACGAGCAAGCUUGCGAAGGAGUGGAGGUCCUGGAAGGAGUCACUAGAAUGCUACUUCGCGGCGUAUGGUAUAACCGACCAGCAAGUUAUGAAGGCGAAGCUAUUGCAUCUAGGUGGACCAGCGUUGCAGACCGUAUUCAAGAACCUGAAGGAUCGGGACCAUAUGCCGGUAGUGUCACUAGUGCCGAAAUGGUACGAUGUGGCAGUUGACAAGCUGGACGAGUUUUUUGAGCCUCGCCAUCAGACUACGUCAGAACGCCGGAAGCUGCGACAGCUGAAGCAAAAAUCAGGCGAAAGAUUUGCCGACUACAUAAUUCGACUGAAACAACAAGCUUCGGAAUGCGGUUUCGAUCGAUAUGGGUAUGAGAUCGGCAGUACCUUGACGGAGAUCUACCUCACAGAUGCUGUGGUAGAAGGCUGCACCUCCAACGAAGUGAGAAGAAGGAUUCUACUCAAAGAUCUACCUUUCGCCGAAAUUGAAGCCCUAGGAAUCUCUCUGGAGGGCGUGGAUCAACAGAUCGAGGAAAUAAGCACGACCGAGCCCCUCCCCAAAGUUUGUCGAGUGGGACAAUCCAAACAAGACAGAGGAAACAAGCAGAGAGAUGUUUCGGCGAGCUUCAAACCGAUUCGAGACAAAGCGUGCUACAACUGCGGUCGAGUAGGUCAUGUGGCCGCAUCAGCGGCGUGCCCAGCUCGUGGGAAGCAGUGCAGAAACUGCCAAAUUUUCGGACAUUUUGAGAGACUAUGCCGUAAACGAAAACAACCACCCCCAUCGGAGCAGGUAAGCAAACAGGUCCGAGCAGUAGAGGAUGAACCGCGCCCGAGUCCGGUUGAGGACGGAAAUGUUAAGGAAGAGGCUGGACAGGACAAGAUAUAUUACGCUUUCUAUUCCGGAAACGAAAGCAAUGUCAUCCCGUGCGUCGUCGGCGGUAUUGAACUGGAGAUGUUGGUAGACUCCGGCGCGGACGCCAAUCUGAUCAGUAACGUGUCAUGGUGCAAAUUGAAGGAAGAACGUGUGCAGGUGGUGUCUUCUACCAAAGGAAGCAACCGGGUCCUGAAAGCGUACGGCAGCGACAGACCGUUGAAGAUAUUGGGUUCCUUCGUGGCAGAGAUAGAUGUUGGAAAACGCCGAACGCAAGCUGAAUUUCUGGUAGUCGAAGGGGGACAGCGUUGUCUGCUCGGUGAUACUACUGCGAAGAGAUUGGGGAUCCUUAAAGUAGGAUUGGAUAUUAAUCGAGUCGAUGCCCCAACCGCACCGUUCACAACCAUCAAGGGCAUAAAAGCAUUCAUUCACGUCGACCCCGAUGCGGUUCCCGUGUUUCAGCCCAUGCGUCGACUGCCGCUGCCCCUGGAAACAGCUGUUAACAGGAAAUUGGACCAAUUACUUCAACGCGAUAUUAUUGAGCCAAAAACAGGACCUACAAGCUGGGUGUCCCCACUUGUUGUAGUUGGAAAGGCGAAUGGCGAAGUUCGAUUGUGUCUCGAUCUUCGUCGCGUGAACGAAGCGGUCAUGAGGGAACAUCAUCCCAUGCCGGCGGUGGAUGACCACAUUGCGCGGCUCGGUCGUGGUACAAUAUGGAGCAAACUGGAUAUUGAAGAAGCGUUUAUGCAGAUUGAAUUAGCAGAGGAAUCGAAGGAUAUCACUACGUUUAUUACCGGACGAGGACUAUUUCGCUUCAAGCGCUUACCGUUCGGACUGGUGACAGCGCCGGAACUCUUUCAAAAAGCGAUGGACGAGAUUCUUUGCGGAUGCGAGGGAGUAGCUUGGUAUUUGGAUGACGUCAUCAUCGAAGGGAAGGACAUCGAGGAGCAUGAUGCUCGUUUGAAUGAGGUAAUGUAA